AUGGCGAAGAGGAUAGUUCCCAAUUUAUUGAUGCUCAAGGGCUUGCUGGGAUCCAAUGAAGAUGUGGCCAGACUUUUGAGACGAUGCCCCUGGUUUAUUGUAUCCGAUUUGGAGAAAACCUUAAUUCCAAAUGUGGAAAUAUUGAAGAGGUGUAGCAUACCAAUGGAGCACAUCCAUCACUUAGUCUACACUCACCCGAGAGGUUUCUUGAUCAAGCCGGAUAUUAUGAGGAAAUCUGUAGACAAGGCAAUAGAGAUUGGGAUUCCUCUGACUUUAAUUGCUUUUAUCCAUGCUGUUGGUGUUUUUAAUCAUACGAGCGAAGAGAUGUGGGAAGUCAAGUUGCAAACACUCCGUGAUUUGGGGUUUUCUGAUGGAGGUAUAGUCACAAUGUUUAGGAAGCACCCUAUUGUGUUUUCAGUAUCUGGAGACAAAUUGAAGAACAAAAUAGAGCUUCUUCUUGCCACUGGGAAUAUCGAGAACAGGCUUGAGCCGAGGUUGCAGAUCUUGAGACUUUUGGAAACUAGGAAUCUGAUCGAAAAGUGGCCAGUUCUUUCAGCAGUUUCUAUCUUCACAGAUGUUCGAUUUUUUGACAGGUUUGUUAGGCCUUAUUGUGAUGUGAUUGGCGAAGAGCACAUCACGAAGUUUGUUCGUGUUCUGAUAGCUCGUGUUGAGUUUAGCAACAUCGGAGUUGCUUGUUCUGAUCUGAUUUCCUAUCACUGUUAG